AUGGUCGCCGACCACUCACGCCGACGUAAUUGCACAUGCACGUCACGUGUGGUCCGCGUCGGGUUUAGCCGCAGGACCCCCGGAUUUGCGCCUCAAGAGAAGCCGAUUUUCUUCAGCUUGAUCCUCCACGCUUCCCAUCUCUCCCACUUCGCUGUGGGAUUCAUGAGCUUACCUCUCUGUUAUACGCAAACUAAACCACACACUUUGUUCUCUAUGUACCUGUCUGCGCCAUCCUCGCCCGCCUCGAUCUCUCUGUCCAGCUCUCUGGUCAACCUGAACUCGACCUCAGCUCUCACUUUCGACGCUCUCCGUGCUCCUCCCGACGACUUGGACGUGAACGACUUCUUUCACUCUCCGCUGGCUUUUUCGGCCUUGAUUUUUGACUCCGCAGCAGGGGAGGUGAUUCGGGUAGGGGUCCCGGAGAUUGCAAGCUGGUUCGAACUGAAUCUGAAAGGAGACCGCCGUUCAUCUUCCACGUUGAGGUAUGUAACCCUGCCUCGAUUCGAGAUCUUCGCCGUCACUUCGAUUGGUGGGGCGAAAAAGUCUCGCGCAAAGCUCCAUUUACCCCUCCAAACUCGCAAUUACACCCCAAAAAUGAAGAAAGCUAACAUGGGUGCAUUCAUGGGAGUAGCGGCUGUCAUCUAG